AUGUCGAGCUUGGCCCGGCGAAAGGGCAGAACAUGUUUGGCGGAUGUGCCAAGGGCGGAUGUCGGUUUGCUGCUGCUGCUGCUGCUGCUGCUGUUGCGCCUGCGGCGCCUCAGCGCUGCCUCCGCGAGGCUUGCGGAGCAUCAGGUCAUCGAGUUGGACCGGGAGCAAGCUGUGGAGUUGCCCGCCAUUUUGGCGCGCCUGAACCGCGAGUUGGCCUACACUCACUCGCGCAAAGCAGCGGUUGAGAGAGGCCGUGGAAGCGACGGCUUUGGGCCGCUGGGGGCAAAGGUGUCGCUGAGCCUGGCGCUAGCGACCUUCUCCCAGGCCAUGCGCAAGCGCCAGGAGGUCCUGCACUCGCCAGAAGCCUACCAUGGAUGGCUGCAGGACUUGAUCGGCAGAUUGGAGGCACACUUGGACGAGUUGCAGCCGCCUGCGAACUCGGUGGCGGAGCCAGGGCCACGCGGCGACGCUGAGCCCAUUGCCGCACCUGUGCCAAUGGGGCUCUCACAGGACCGGCUGCUGGAGGCCGCUGGCUUUACGGUGGUGCACGAGGCCGGCGGCGCCAAGCAGGCGGAUUUGUCCGCGCCGGCCCGUCUCACGCAGGAGGAAGAGCUCCAGCUGCGAAGGGACAGCCGCCAGGCUUGGCGAUCCUGUGUGGACGAGCUGCAGGGAAAGCUGGCGACUCGAUCAGGAGCUGCGCGGCUUUGGCAGCAGCGCCAGGAUUGCGCCACGCGUGUUGCAAGGAGCGGGUGCGACUCCUCGCCCCUCUCCGCCGAACUGGCGGCAGAAGAGCUGCAGGCCUGGGGCGACUUGCCGCCUGCUGAGGAAGGCGUGGCGCGGGCGCGCCGCUGGCGGCCCUCGCAGGCUCAGCAGGAGCUCAUGCAGGCUCUGAGCCUCCGCCUGGGCGGCGAGCGCCCAGAGGACGUGGUGCUGGAAGGGCUCAUGAACACCAGCCCCAGGGACAUGGCUCCGGCGACGCCCCUGGAGGUGAUUCAGAGCGUCUUCAUGCGGGGGAAGCGGCCCAUGGCUACUCCCAAGUCGCUCCGCUGGCCGGGCACGGAGGUGGGGCUUUAG